UUGUGUGCAUGGUGCCAUUGCCAAAAGAAGCACUGUUCCAUUAACUCUGUGUCCUCUGUUGAUUAACUAGGUGCAGUAUAUAGAACUCAUAUCCAGUGGCUGAAGCAGGAAAGCUGUAGGGGGGGCCUGGUGUUAUUCCAAAGAAUGGCAGGAAAACUUCAGUACCUGUGUGCCACCUCCAGGAAGGAUUCAUUCCUGGAAUAACAAAGUUAUUUUGGACGAGGAGAGGUCCCUUCUGGCUUACUGGUGAUCCCAGAUCUCCCCAGCCCCCCUCACUUGGAUAUGGGUUUGUAGCAGUGAGCCUUUGUUAAAGGGCAGUGCAGCAGCAGCAGCGUUCAGACUGCAGUCCGAGCUUUUGUUCACGGAGCAGCAGCGCUCUUCAGAGGGGAAGCCUCGGUGACGUCAGCUCUGAUUUCCAAAACAUCAGCGGAGAGCCGGAGAGGGGAGGAUGCAGAGUGGACGAACCGGGGCGAGGGAGCGCUUCAAAUCGUUGUGAGAGAGCAGACGCCUCGCGAACAUGAGAAUCGCGCGCCCCCUGCUGGUGCUGCUGCACGUGGUGCUGGAGAUCCGCGCGCUGCGAUACUCCAACGGCUAUUAUUAUCAGACCAUCGAGAACAGCAACGGCAACGGAGAGAUAUACUUCAAUGGGGUCCGUCUUCACGUGGAGUCUCCACAAACGUCGGUGUCCGCCAUUCAGGGUAGCAACGUGACCCUUCCGUGUCAUUACCGGUAUGAACCGGAGCUCAGCGCGCCCCGCAGGACGAGGGUCAAGUGGUUUUGGCAGCCGGCUGCGGGUGGAGGGCCGGAGAAGGACGUGAUGGUGGCGUUAGGCUCGCGCCACAGGAGUUACGGGGGUUUCAGAGGGCGCGUGCGCCUCCGCCGGAGCGUCCCGGGUGACGCAUCGCUGGUCAUCAACCCGCUGCAGGUCGAUGACACGGGGCGCUACCGCUGCGAGAUCAUCGACGGCCUGGAGGACGAGAGCGUCACCGUGGAGCUCGAGUUCAGAGGUGUGGUGUUCCCUUAUUACUCCCCCAGGGGACGCUAUCAGCUGACCUUCCAGGAAGCUAAGGAGACCUGUGAACAGCAGGGUGCCUGCCUGGCCACCUUCCAGCAGCUGUUUGCAGCCUACGAGGAGGGAUUGGACUGGUGUAAUGCAGGCUGGCUAGCUGAUGGGACAGCACAGUACCCUGUCUCUGUGCCUCGAGAGGCCUGUGGUGGCAAGGAAUUGGCACCAGGUGUACGGAGCUAUGGCUUACGCCAUAAAACCCUUGACCGGUUUGAUGCAUUCUGCUUCACUUCUUCCAUCAGAGGUAAGGUCUACUUCCUGGAGCACCCACUCAAACUGAACUUCACUGAGGCAGUGGAGGCCUGCGUGCAGGAUGGUGCUCACAUCGCUAAAGUGGGUGAGCUGUACGCAGCCUGGAAGUUUGUGGGGCUGGACCAGUGUAACGCCGGGUGGUUAGCUGACGGGAGCGUGCGUUACCCUAUCACCAGACACAGGCCCAACUGCGGCCCACCAGAACCUGGAGUGCGGAGCUUCGGCUUCCUUCCCCACCAUUUAAAAUAUGGGGUGUACUGUCACAAAGUCAGAUGGUGAGAUUCUGAUUCAGACCUGUGGCCGCUUGCAUAGAACAUCUUAAAGAUUUUGAAGUUAAAUAGCCUUCUUAAGGUCUAUAUUUACCUAAGCUAAAGGCAUUAUGUACACUACACAACUGCUCUUCUUAUUUAUGGGUUAUACUCGGAGCAUAGUUGCAGAAAAAUUCAUUUUUUAAGGACAUGAGCCUUUUGGUUACCAUAGCAACAGAGAUAAACCCAUAAUUAACUAAAAUUAAGGAGCUCGCUUUGCCCUUUAUGCAAAGAUAAAUAAAUGUAUGUGUAAAUUAAAACUUCAAAAGCAAAAAAAUCACUUAAGCUGUUUCAUCCAAGCGGCCACUGGUCAUCAGUUGCAAAUGUGAAUGAACAGCCCUGGAAUUCCUGAAGAUGAUGGAGAUUAGGCAUUGCAUGCUGUGAUGUUUAACCUUUUAUUCUUCUAAAAUAAUAUGAAGGGAGCCUGAGCUGUUCCUGUGCUUACAUCCUAGUGAAUCUUAAAGCAUUUUAGAAGAAUUUAGAGCAGUAGUUUUGAAAUUAGCAGAGCUGUCAACUCCCAUUUCAAUCCCUGUGUUUGCAUGGUAUUUAAGCGCCUCUGGACAAAAAAAUAGUCACAUGUAUCAUUUCUUCCCCAAUACUUGGUUAUAUCUCCCCUUGCCUUAAAGGGGUAUUUCACCAAAUUUUCAAAAUGUCUGCAUAAUUCAGUGGCUGAAAGUCAUUUAGGGUGGUUUGAUGUGAAACACUUCUUUGUAGAGAAAUUCACUGGCUCAGAUUUCCUUCCAGUGGUGGUGAUAGGAACCAGAGGACACAGUGUCUACAACACAAGUAUAGCCAUUUUAUUUACUAUCCAAAACCAGUUUUUACAUGUAAUGUUGAUAAUGGUAAAAUAGUGGUAAAUCUGAAAAACUUUCUUUGGGUAAUUUAUUGCCUUAAAAUGGCCAGUAUGCACCACCAUUACAUCAGUCCUAUCUUUUUUGCACAUUGUGUAUAUAUAUAUAUAUGUGUGUAUGUGUGUAUGUGUGUAUGUGUGUGUGUGUGUGUGUGUGUGUGUGUGUACAUUUAACAUACAAGCAGAAUGGAUUUUUUGUAAUAGCUUCUUUUGAAGUAGGUUUAACAGCUAUUAAACGCUUCAAACGUCUGUGAGCAGUGCUGACUCUGUAAGUUUCUCUACAACAGCAUUUCCCUUCAAAUGACUUUAUUUACAUCUCAACCAUCUAAUUAUGCAGACAUUUUGAAAAAGUCAGUUCCUCUUUAAUGACAGCACCAGUUCGGUCAGGUAUGGAUUGUACCAGAUUGAAAUACUUCCUGUCCAUUUUAGUCCACUAUUCCACUAACUUUGUGCUUAAUGUCUGAGCAGAACUGAACAUUGACACUCCCACAUUCCAGGAUGACAGAUGUAGCGUGUCUGUAUGUGACUGGUUUAACAGAUAUGAUGGAAAAAUGGGACAUCAUGGCAGGUGAAACACCAAAAUAGGCACAUAUGAACUCUAGCUUAAAUGUGCACUCAGUUAGAGGAAGAUUAGGUUAAAAUUGACAGGGGACAGGUAUAAUACUUACUUGACAGGCCUGAGGCAAGGGGAUGCAUAUAUAAACAAGUAUCAGAAAAGAAAUGAUAAAUGUGACUCAUUUUUUGUCCAGUGAGCUUAGAUUUAAAUGUCAAAACAAAAAAAAUGUCACUCAGGGAACAGGUCUGUACAAACUGCACUUGGCAAAUGAUCUCUCCAAAACUGAAUCACUGGACCAUCAUUGUAAAGCAAAUUAGAUAUGCGUUCAGCCGUGACAUGAUAGGCAUGUAUGUGCGUAUAUUUACACACUAUUUACAAUAUAUUUCACAUAAAUAUAGAGAUGAUGAGGAUUUUUUUUUUUAGAAAGCUUUGAUUUUUUUCAAGUGCCAGAAGGUUUUGAGUAUGUGACAUGAUACAAACAAAUGUUGUCAGUUUGUUUUAAUCUACUGUAUUUAUCUGAUACUAUGUGCAUGAUGUUUACUUUCUGUUUUGUAUGAAAAGACCUCAUGCAAAAAAACAUUUUACAUAUCAUUUUAGAUAAUAAAUUUUUUUUUUCAAAAAAAAUUAUAGUGUUCCGUUAAUCGUAGCCUGUUUGUUCGGUUUGUUCGUUGAAACUGUUCAGCUAUGAAGCUUUUUUUAACAGAUUGUUGAUGAUGAGUGGUGGUACCGUUUUACUAAUGGAUGGUGUAGAGGGCGUCUGACAAACUGUGCAGCAACAGAUGGGCGACAGUCAGUAAAUGUAAUUCUACACCUAUAUGGUAGGUGUUCCUGAUAAAACGGCCGUAACCAACUGGCAACGCAGGUGAUUCCAUAGGCUGAUCAGUAGAGGGCAAACUAAGCUCAGUGAGAGGACUCUUGUGCUCGAGGAUGAAGCUGUUUACACAGAGAGAGACUCUACUGGAGCUGGGACUCCAGCCAUUCCCAAGCGUCGCCCUGUCUGAGCUGCCUGGCACAGAGAGAGGAGGGAGGCACACUAAUGCAUUUACUCGCCUCCCUAUUCCUCCAGGCAAAUAGAACUGCUGGUAAUUUUACAAAGAUGUCCCAUUUACACCUGCUUCUCAAACAUGGAAAGGGAGGGCAUUUUAGAAUGAAAAGACAGCAGUGUUGCUAAGCCGGGCUUUUUCCCCAGCUUGCCCUAAUGAAGGUGCACACUGUUAGCCAUAAAAAGGCAUAUUCAUGAGCUUGUCCCUUUUUUUCGUUCUGAGAUUUUUAGAGAUGAAACUGAUCUGAAUGGGCUGCUUGUGCAGAAACUGUACAGGAAAGGACGAGUCAGAGCAACGCAACUUCACUUCAACGACUCUUUCUUCCCGAGUUUGAGCAGUGUUGUAAAGUGAUGUGUAAAUAGGGGUGUAAUGAUAUGCUCAGCCCACGAUUCACUUCUCGAUACUGGGUUCACAAUUCGAUAUUCUCAUUAGAUGGAGUACGUGUUGGUUGGGGCUGGUUGUUUGUGAAGUCAGACAAUACAAUUCCAGUCAAUGCCAUUAUUAAUUGAAUGUCCAUUUCCUACAAGUAUGUAUUGUAUUGUCACAUCUCCAUUUUGCAUUGCGAUAUCACAAUACACUGUUAAACCUCUGUCUAAAUGAUUGAUAAUAUGAUAUUGUAUGUAUGUAGUAGCUCCACAAUAGUAAAUUAUCAUUGCAAGCC